AUGAAUGGAGCGGCGAGGGGCCGCGCGGACGGGGGAGGGCUGCCGGGCGCCGCGUCGCGGGCUGGGUCCGUCCCGGACGUGACCGGAGGCGUGGGGGACGCGGCCGAAGGUCCCCAAGGGUCCGACGAAAAGAGGCCAGAGUUGGUCUGUUCUUGGGAAGAGAUUCGUCUGAGGUCGGCCUCCGUCAGCCGCAGGUGUCCAGCCCUGCGUAUUCGUGCUGUGCAGUCAGGUAAACCACUCUCUCCCUGCAGGAAAGCGCACCGGGGGCGAACCGGUCACCGUUCAGGGACGCGGGCGGGGGAGGCUGGAGACCUGGCCUCCCGGGAGGGGCGAGGUUCCCUCGAGAGGAGAGCCGAGCAGCGCGCGCUCCCUGCGGGGCCCAGGUGCGCGCGAGGCGGGGCGCGGGCGAGACUGGAUCCCUCGCUCCCCGAACUGCGGGUGUGGAGUCGCCGCUCCGCCCCGCCCUGGCGCAGGUAUCUCGCUGCCACCCGCCUUGGCUCUGGGCGUCGCGGGGGCAGGGACUGGGGAACUGGGCGCGGAGCGAGGGCGGGAGAGACCUGGAAAAACCACCCAGAUUGCUUUGCAGUGGGCGAGGCCGCCUGGCAGAGCCGGUUCUCCCGAGCCGCCUCCCCGCGGGUGCCUUCGGCGCGGCUCGGGGAGCCCGGCUCGGCCCGGCACGGGGCUCCGUCCGGGUCCCCAGCGGGGCCGGAAGCCCGACGCCAGGCACCGCCGCUGCAGAGAAAGGGAUUAAACAGUUCCGAAACUUGGCCCUUGCAGCGCUGGGUGUUGUGUUGGGAUCCUUCAUUUCUGCAGCGCCUUUGGACUUAGCAAAUCUACGAGUUUACGGGGGAUUCCGCGGCAGCAUUGGCCGUGUUAGAAUCCGGAGCCUCCCAGCUGCGUCUGCCUAGAACCGCUCUCCUGUUUAACAACGCUGGAUCCUUGGUUUCUGA